CUCACGGUGAGAGAGACACACUCCCGUUUUCCUGGGAACCGCUCAGUACAGUGAGGGCAAGUCUGAUGUUGAGUGGAGCCCCCCGCACUCCCUGCAGGACGAGAGCAGGGACUUGGCAGGAAGUGAGCUGAGGCGAGAUUUCCACAGGACUGACUUGCCCCAGAUCAGUUCCUUCUCCCCGAUCAACGCGUCGUUGACGACUCAGCACCCCACCCCGUCCUUCCUGAGAGCAUCUCCUUUCCCACCAUCAUCAUUUAUACUGUGAUUUUGGCUUGAUCCGUGCCGGCAACAGAGGAGAUUUACAGGUUUGAUUUCAACGCGAGGGGCAGAAGCAAGCAGGGGUCUGUGCGGCUUCCUCAGACCCUUCUAACGGGAAGGAAACCCAUCAGGGAUUUUGAAAUAGAACAGCAGUUUCCUUUUCCCUGUGGGAUCUGCGUUAGCAAGUCUGCAAAUGGAAAAUGCAUUCGGAACCGCCAGCGUCCCUUACAGCCCUCAGUGGGGAAGCGGCUGGUGAUCCUGUUGCUAUUUUAAAACUUGUCUCGGGGUCGGGAGCAGCUGAAAUCGUUUGGGGCUUAAUUUUGCAAGAGGAUGUAGCAAAGCAUAAGAGGAGGAGAGAAAGAGAAAAUGCUAGUGACGGAGAAGGGGCCCCGAGAGGGAACCAGAGCCAAGGCUGAGCUCAGAGGGGCAUGGACCACGGACGUGAGGGGAACGGGGCUGGAGGAUGAAGCAGGGCAGAGGCGGCCGGACGGGAGCGGGUGUGCGUGUGGACGCAGCCAGCUCUCAGGCUCUGGGGUGUGCUGUCCCAAGAGAGAGCUGCCGGACAGGCUGGGAGGGGAAGCUGCCUGGACGACUGACCGAACAGAGGCCGAGGGAGCGUGAGGAACCUCAGGCCACAAUUACAGCCUCUGGGCCCAGCUCGGAAGUGGCCUCGAAGAGGGGCUCCUCUGCUGGGCGCCAGCUGCCCUGAGCGUGACCUUAAGGCCUCGUGGCUUUGCACACAGCCAGGCGCUGCCCACCCGUCCCUUCCCUCCUCAUGGUGUGGAGGGGGUCCAGACAGCGCUGCUCUCCCCAUGGCUCAGAUGAGGAGCCGAAGGAGUGAGCGCCGCUGCAGGAGAUGGCUCCAUCCAGAGAGAGCUGGACUCUGAGCCUCAAGCAGGGCCGAGCAUUCCUGGGGUCACACCCUGAGAGGUUGUGGCUCUGCUGCUCCCCACCGUGGGGUCUCUGAUGGCACUGGCUUGUCCGGGUAGCAAUGCACCGACCCCUCAGAACUUCUGUGAGAAAUGAAAGAGACGCUGCAUGUUUGGGUCUGACAUGCACGAGUGACAGACAGAAAGCAUGAAACCAUCACACACAGAAGGGGCCACAGAGCGACGGGUCGGGUGCCCCUCAGCCGGGAGCUUCUGUUCUGCUGUGGGAGGAGCCUGAGCUCCCGAGCGAUGGCCAAGCCCCAGCUCCAUCCGUCUGAAUCCCAGCUUGUCCCUCGGAGUCGGACCUGGAUGGAAGGGUCAGAAUGCACGGCCUGCGGGGGCCACAGGCAGGCAGCCGUGAGUCCACCCCACCCCCUGUUUCUUUCUGUCUUCUGUACCCCUGAGAACUUUCCGUUCAGUUCGCACGGUGUCUCCAGAUCCCUGGGGUUUCUGAGUGAGCUGAGCAUGGCCAGGCGCUGGGUCAGCCCCGGGGCUCUGCUGCCCCAGAUGCCAAGUCAUCGCUGCUCAGUCCCGCCCUUGACGUCCCUUCUUGUGGCUUCUCACUCUCAUCCCCCUCUGCCCCUGCAGAUGGAAGUCCAGCCACAGACCUGCCCCAGCAGGAGCCGGGGUUGGGGCGUCUGGGGCAGAGGCCUGAAGGGCAGAAGCUCGCCAGGGUGGGAGGGUUGGUCGUCCACCAGCAACGGUGGGCUGCCCCUGCCUGAGGGGGGCGUGUCUGUCUGUGUCUGCGGGUGUCUCUGUAUCUCUCUGUCUCUCUGUCUGUCUUGUCUCUGUGCAUGUCUGUGUGCCUCCGUGUCCGUGUGUCUGUCUCUUUGUGUCUACCAGCUCACAGGACGGUCAGAAGCCACAGCCCACGCCCUUCUCCAUCUGGCCUUCUGUCGGGGCCACGGGGAGGUCAGUGUCCUGGAAAACGAGCCCCACGGAAGCCCUGACUCACAGCCACUUCCUCCUGCCCCCCGCCCGCCCCCACGGCUGGGCACACGGGCGCCCACAGCCCAGGCCCACAGCCCUGACUCACCACCACGCGGCUCUAACUGGACGGCUUCCUGGGAAGGGCAGCUGAGGACACGGAGGCACUGCGAGGAGGCGGCCCCUCUGGCCCCGCGUGCAGCUGUGGGGCCGGCGGCUCUUCCUCUCCGGGCCAGCGCUGGCCGGACCCCGGGAAGCCCGUCCUGCCCGACGCCCAGACGGGGCGCGUGAGGCUGGGGGGUGGGUCUCGCGCGUCCCUGACAGACCGUGUUUCUCUGCUGAGACGUGCCCCUCAUGCCUCCCGCCAGCUUCCUGUUGGUGUCUUUUUCCCGUUCUGAUUCGUAGAGACUCACACACCCCCAACGCUGACCCUCUGGCAGUUACGUCCCUAGUGAGCAGCUUCUCAUUUUACUUCUCUCUCACUUUCUUUAAGGUGAUUGUGACUAACAGAUUUUUAAAGUACUCAGACUCAUCAGGCUCUCGUUUUGUAGCGUUUUUAAGAAAUCCCCACCCCAAGGUCACAAACACCCACCGACACUUCCCAGGCAGUGUCUGUGAGAACAGCUGUGCGUUCAAGCCCGGGGUCCAGCUGCAGCUGACGCACCUGCUGGGAGCCAGGAUCCGAUUUCCUUCCCACGAGGAAACCGUCUCCACACCCGGCGGCUGCUCUGCUCUUACAGAAGGAAAACCCCACAGGAGGACACGCCGUCGGAUCCCACCACGUCCUGGAGAAGGACGGAUGGCUCCCAGCCAGUUGUCCUCCGGGGCGGGGCUGCUCGUGGGACGUGUACCGUCAUCCAGAGUGGACUCAGCACAGCGCUGACUGCAGCCACUGAGCUGAAGGACAGACACGAGGGCCCGGCCCCCAGCCCUGAGUGGGCCGUUUCCACCACAGCUAAACGCCACGGACCCCGCUCAGGGGUUUCCUGUUGCCUUUCACCGAGAAGAGCCCAGGCGGGUCUCCGGCCACCACACAGGACCUUCCAACCGUCAGAGCUGGUGUGACGAGGCCGGAGAGGAGGACACUGGUGGACGCCCCUAAUCAGCUCAGCAAGGAAACAGCCCGGAUCUUUGGGAUCUGAAAGCACCGAGGGCUCGCCUCGGCUGAGUGUGGGCCCCUGAAGACCUGGCGCAAGUGUGACGCGAUCUGCUGACAGCCCAGGAAACCAGAAAGCAAACGGGGCUGCAGCUUUGUGCUUCUUUGGACUCAGCUGUCUGGACAGGCUGUGCCCUCGCGGCCGAGAGAGGACGUCUUCAUGACGGGCUGGACGCGAGCUCAGCACCCCGGUCCGGGAAUCUCGUCUCCGGAGGAGCCGACUCUCUGGAACGAACUUCGUGCGGCUGCCUCUCCCUCUGCUGUUUCACAAACGCGUCAUCAGCUCCUCGUUACUCUCUGGAGUCCCCAGUCUACUUGUAGCUUCUGCCUCUCCUGGAACUCUGCUUUCUCUGACGCCCUGAGCCUGUCUCUUCAUGUCCACUGACAGCCACGUUUCAGUCAACCGAGGAGAUGCUGGAAAGGAACACGCCCACACCGUCCGCCGUCUUGAACUGCAGACUUGACGCUCAACCAGCCGCCACUGAUCAGAUUUGCAUCACAACCCAAUGAUCCCAACCACCGUCCUGGACCCGUUUCCUUAGAGCCAGAAAGACAGAUGCCAACACCGUGCCAGCCACCUCGGGCCAGGGCCCUCUGGGUGAUUUAAUACUGAUGUUCACGACUUGUGUUCUGGGGUCUCUGCACUGAGCACAGACUGCGUUUGAAGUUGAAAGGAAGGCAGGCAAAUAAGAAAAGAAAGAAAGAGAGAAAGAGAGAGGGAGGCGGUGGGGGAGGAAUUGAGGCCUCCUCACCUCACACCUGCGAGCGCGGCCACAAUGAGAAACACUCACAGAAAAUACGCGUCAGUGAGGACGCAGAGAAGCUGGGACUUGUGCACUGCUGCUGGGAUGCUAACGAUGCAGCUGCCGUGGAGCACACUCUGGCACGUCCUCAAGGCUUAUCGACAGGCUGUCAUGUGAUUCGGCCGCCCCACUGUGCACCGAAGGAACCGAGGCCGGGUCUUGCAGAGGUGUCUGCACACCCGUGUUCACAGCAGCGUGAUUCACAAGAGCCCCAGGGUCCAUCAGCGAAUGAAGGGAUAAGUGGAACGCGGCCCAUCCACAGGGGAGCAUCAUUCAGCCCCAGAAAGGAAGGAGAUUCUGACGCCUGUUACAACACGGAUGGAGCUUGCGGGCAUCGUGCUGAGGGAAAUCAGCCACAAAAGGGCAGGCACUGUGUGAUCCCACUCACGUGAGGCCCCUGGAGUCGACAGAUUCAUAGAGACAGAAAGUAGACGGUGGGGCCAGGGGCUGUGGCGGGGGAGUCAGUGUUUAAUGGGGACCGAGUCUCAGUUUGGGAAGAUGAGAAAGUCCUGGAGAUGGAUGGUGUGACAGCUGCACAACAUUGUGAAUGUGCUCAAUGCCCCUGAACUGUGCAC